AAAGACAUCUUGUACCAACAACUUCAACAUCACGACCACACUCUCUUCUGGUGCGUCUGAGUGAUACAUCGAGACGACUCUUUCCCAUCAGCUCGAACGAACGAAUCCGACGCCACCACCGUUCCUGCUUUCAUUGCACUCGAGCAGUAUCUCGAACCCGUAUUCGAGCUUCGAUCCACCAAAAGCUGCCACAAUGGUGCGCCACAAGAAAGACUUCUCGUCCAAGGGCAAGAAGGGCAGCAAUGGACCUGCGAGGACAUUCGCCCAGCACACCCACCCCGACCGCGAAAAUGGUAUGAAUGGGCACAAAAGACCGGCCUACAAAGCUGCAGCCUGGGAUCUGAAUCACUGCGACGCGAAGCGAUGUUCAGGAAAACGCCUUAUGCGACUUGGUCUCAUGCGUGAGUUGCACGUGGGUCAGAAGCACUCUGGCGUGGUCAUCAGUCCGAAGGCGAAGACAAUCCUCAGUCCCGCGGACAGAGAGAUUCUCGAGCAAUACGGCGCAGCAGUGGUCGAGGCGAGUUGGAACAGAAUAGAAGAGGUGCCUUUCAACAAAAUAGGUGGACCCAACAGUCGACUAUUACCAUACCUCAUUGCGGCGAACCCUACAAACUACGGCAAGCCGUGGCGGCUGAACUGUGUGGAGGCUCUAGCUGCUUGCUUUGCGAUCUGCGGAAAGGACGAUUGGGCGGAGGACAUUUUGAGCACAUUCUCUUACGGACCGAGCUUUCUCAAGAUCAACAAGGAGGUGCUCAAGCGCUAUGCAGCAUGCACGAGCGAAGAAGAGAUCAAGAAAGCGGAGGAGGACUGGCUAGAGAAGAUUGAGAAUGAGUGGAAGGAGGAUCGAGAAGCGAGAGAGGAUAACAAGGACGAUGCGUGGAGAGGCGGCAACAUGAAUCGAAGGCUGCCGACUGGGUUGGAGGAUGGUGACAGCGAGUCCGGCGAGGAGGAUAGCGAUGAGAACGACGAUGACAGCGACACGAGCAACGAUGACGACCCGUACGGCCUGCCACCGAAUGACGACGACGAAGAAGAGAUGGCAGAGCUGCGCCGCCGUGUCCUUGCCUCUAAGCCCUUCGUCAACUCGACCAAACCUCGCUACGAUGAAGUCGAGGAGCGCAAGCCUGAGAAGAUCCAACGACCGACUGAGCCAGCAAAAGCAGAGCUACCGGUCGACUCUGACGCCGAGUCUGGUUCAGAUCUUGGUGAUGCUGGCGACGAUGACUUUGACAACAUCAUGAACGCUGCACCCGUCACAGAUCGAGCGGGGAUCACGGCUGCACAGAAUAAGCGGGCAAUGGAGAAGGAGGGCAAGUUGAGCGCGACGUUCUCGAGGGCGGUCAUCAGUGCGCCGAACAGGCCGCCGUGAAAUGGUCGAUGAUUAGCGCGAGCGUAUGACACAACGUUCGCCCAGCAUGUUUCCCCUGUGCGUGAGGUAUCUCCUUGAGACGACAAAGGUCUGUGCUAUCAAAUGCGACACUGACGGAGCAGCGGCCAACACUUCCGCGGAGGCAUGCAAUGAACAAAAUUCCCAGAUUUCCCGCAGACUUUGCCAGAAGAAAAGCGAGGAGCGGAGGGUGGGAGUGAAUUUCAUAGCAUUCGAAGUUU